UCAUUUAUUUAUAUAGCACGUUUUAAAACAGCCACUGCUGCCCAAACAUUGUGUACAGAUUCAAAACAGUAAGGUAAAAGAUAAUAAUAACAAAAUACAAAAAUCACAAUAAGUACAGAACAUUCAAAACACAGCUAAAAACACCAAUAAAUGAAAUGGUCAAAUAAAUAAAUUAAAUAAAACAAAUAAAUAAAACUAAAUAAGCACACAGAAACAACAACAAAUGCACUAUAACUUUAAUAAAAAUAAGGAAUAAGCAAAAAUGGUUAAAAAAAACAAACCACAAAGUAUUAAUUUUCAUAUUUUCUCUGAAUAUUGUUGUCAUCUUAAUGCAUUGUUUAUAUUUAAGUGUAUUUGAGUAAACAAUAGAAGUGAGGCUCCUUGCAGCAAAGAUGGUAUCUAUGGGUGCUCAUUGAAAGGCAGAUAGUCUCGUCCAAGGGGCCCCAGGGGGGCCACCCUAAAAAAAAAGUUGUCCUCCUCAGUGGGCUCCACCUGGCCCUUGUCCAUAAAUACUCCUCCCACCCCGAGAGGGAGUUCAGUCCGCAGGCAAAGACGCGCACAGACGAGGUUCGGUUCUUUUUUUGGUUUGGAUUAUGAACACCUUUGGACCCCCGAGCCAGCAGAGUGGCCCCCACAGCGCCCAGGAGCUGCUGGACAUGGCCGCCGUGUACUGCGACAACUACGGGGUGUACCAGCACCAGAACCUGCACCACCAUCCCCAGAGAGCCGCCAACCACCCCUCCAGCUACGGGCUGAGCGACUACAGCAGCCCGCCCACCAACCCCUACCUGUGGCUCAACGGCACCGGCAUCAACUCCUCCUCCUCGCCGUACCUCCCAGCGGGGAGCGGCGGCUCCACCUACCUGCAGUCCGGCCAGAGGCAGCUCCUGGCCGCCCCCGGAGGUCUCGGCGGCGCCGACCUGGGCUGGUUGUCCAUCUCCAGCCAGCAGGAGCUCUUUAAGAUGGUCCGACCUCCGUACUCGUACUCCGCUCUCAUCGCCAUGGCCAUCCAGAGCGCUCAGGACAAGAAGCUGACCCUGAGUCAGAUCUACCAGUAUGUGGCCGAAAACUUCCCCUUUUACAAGAAGAGCAAAGCCGGCUGGCAGAACUCCAUCCGGCACAAUUUGUCCCUCAACGACUGCUUCAAGAAGGUGGCCCGGGACGAGGAUGACCCCGGAAAAGGGAACUACUGGACGUUGGACCCCAACUGCGAAAAGAUGUUCGACAAUGGCAACUUUCGCCGGAAGCGAAAGCGGCGAGCGGACAUCACGGGCGCGGACAAGCCGGAGUCAGACGCCCAGCACAAGCUCUCGGACACGGCCAGCCUGCUCAGCUCCUCCCCGCCCAGCCUCCGCAGCUCCCCGGCCUCCACGGAGCCCAGGUCGUCACCGCCCAACUCGGCCGAGCACAGCCCGUGUUUCAACGGCUUCAUGUCCAGCGUCAACUCGCUGCUGGCGGCCAGCGCGGUGAGUGGAGCCGAUCUCUCGCGGGCUCCGGAGCGGGACUCGGCUCACCUCGGGGAGUUGUCCCAGGGCCGGGAGGCCAUGAGCGGACUGGGCUCGUACGCGCCCUCGGUGAUCUCUCCGCUGAACUGUGACGGCAGGAUGAACUAUUACAACCUUUCCAACCAUUUCACUGUCAACAACCUCAUAUAUGGCAGGGAAGGAACUGAAGUUUAAUUGUUUUUUCAUUAUUAUUAUUUUUUACAAACAAUCAUAAUUUAUCUCAUUUAGUUGCAUUGUAAAAAGUCAUUAUUAUGCAUUCCUUUGUCAAUUUUUGUAGUUUUGGGACAAAUGUACAGAAAUUA